AUGGCGACUGCUAUUUGGACUAUCAGUGUAGUUGGUUUGGCAUUCAUUGCCAUUUCCCUACUAUGUACUUUCAUUAUGACAGUUGCGGGGUUCUUUACUCUCCACCGUCGUGGGGACUAUACUCGUUCAUAUGUUUCUUGGAUUAAAGCGGCGAUGACCCUCGGUACAAUAUGGAUGGCACUUUGGAUUGGUGCUAUGCUUUCGCCAGUCAUGUAUUUUCCCAGAAGGAACAUCUACGAUAGUCCCCGCUUCCACCUUUACGCCGUCUAUCAACUUUUCUAUCUUGUAACACUUGCGGUAGUUAUGGCCACUCAAAUUGAGGUCGCUCGCGGCUUCAAGGGCGAAUCUAGUGGUUGGGUCAAGGGCAAAACAUCGAAGAUCCUCCUAGGAGUCUUUGUUGUUCUGAGCGUUAUCCGUUUCAUCCUCUACGAGAUCUCUGCCGUAACAACAGUCUGGGUUAGCCUCGCGAGCUAUGCUAUAGAUCUGAUUCAGUUCAUCCUUCUCUGGGUCGGGUCUAUUGUGUCUCCCGUGUAUCUUGUUAAGGGAAAGGGGUACUUCAACCCCAACGUAAAUUACUCUCCAUUGCCAGUUAUAUAUGUGAUACCCGCUGACGUGAUCCUCCUCCAGAUUCAAAACUCUCACCGGGUUUAUCGAUCUCUACUAGCCAUAUUCAUCCUCACGCUAUUACGCCAAACCUUCGAAUGUUUAUACGCCAUCGCGUCUUUCGUUUCGCUGUUUAUCAGCACCUACAACUCUUACGCCAACGUCUGGACGGCCAUCCUACAUAUCCCCCGCAUCAUCUUCACAGCAUGGAUGGUUACAGCAACCUUCGGUGUUUUCUUCAGCCUUGCCUCACUCUUUCAGCACGGGCCAAGUCGCGUCAAGUACGAUGGAGAAUCAGCAUAA